AUGUCGACAUCAAUUAGUCAAAAUGAAAAAAAGGGACCUGAAAAAUAUAUUGCAGUUAGUCCGGAAGGCGACUUUCUAGUUGAAUUUGUAGUGAAAAAUUUGGUUGAUUUAGAAUUCGAAUUACAAAUAUAUAAUAUUAAAAAUUCGGAUAAUGCAGAUGGUUCAAUAUUAGAGAACGACUCGGAACAAAAGGAUGGCAUGAAACCAGAGAGCGACCCAGAGCUAGAAGAUGGCCAGAAAUUAUCGUACAGAAAAUUUCCCAGCAUCCCUACCACAUUUAAAUUCACUGAUAGGCAACUAAAUUUGAUUAAAAAUCAACAUGAAGACAUAUUUAGGUGGUCCGUUGCCGUGUCAGAUAAAUCAACUAUUAGCUCAUCGGAAUUUAGAUUAUUAGCAAUAUCUUGUAUCAAUCUUAAAGACAUAAAGUAUUUUAAGGAAAAUCUUAACAAAAUCCAUCCAACAGAAAUUCAUAACCAUGGAUUUACUUUCAUCUUCAUUAUUAAUAUUACUAAUAAUGAUUAUUCAAUUAGUAAUAUUAACGAUAAGAAAUUACCUAUUAAUUAUGGUGGAAUAGUUAAAUUGUUUUCUAAAAAAGACUAUAUAAAUAAUCAAAGUGCUGAAAAGGAUAAACGAGCGGACAAAAGAAGUCAAAAUGCUGACGGACACAUUCUUAUUAUAUUAACACUUUCAGGGAUCUAUAAGUAUCACAUGAAAAACAUAUUUAUUAAUAGCAUACAAAAGUUAAAGUAUCCGAAAAGAAUAUACAAUGCCAUCAUUGAUAAUGUGAAUCAUUCAUUUACUAUAUUUUACGAAUCAGAGAGAUAUACAUAUGAUAACAUAUGCUAUUAUAUUAAAUAUUGCUUAAAUAAAGAGUAUUUUUUGGUUCGUACUAUGAAAGAAGACAUCAAAUAUAUGGAACUUUACGAUUUAAGGACAAACCAAUUAGUGAAUACCUUUCAGAUGCAGAAUUUAUCCAGAACACUAUAUAUAGAACUUUCUCCUCUUUACGCAAUAUCAACCAAUGGUAAAUUAAUUGCAUAUGCAUCGUCAGUGAUUAGAGAAAUAAAAAUAUAUUUGACCGAAAGUGGUAUUGAAAUAGUGAGAAAACUUGUAAUAGAUACUGCAGCCUCAACAUUCCAAUUUAUGAAUUUUUUUCACAAUGAUGAGAUGCUUCUUGUAAUUUCAGAAAGUAAAUGGUUUGUCUGGGAUAUUUUUGGUUCAUUACAAGAUUCUAAUAAAUUAGAGGAUUUAGGAUUUAUAAUAGAACAUCCAUUAAAUUUUGAUGAAAUAGAACAAUCAAAUUCAUUAAUGGUCAUUGAUAAAGGUGGCGAGUUAGCUAUUUAUGAUGAUUUGAUCAUAGACAAAUAUUUGAAAUAUUUAAAGAAAGGUGAUGAACAAAAUUGGAAAAAUUUAUCAAGUGAUUAUUUUUUGAGGCAAGAUCUUGAUAAUAAUAAUAUCCGAGAUCUUCAGGAUGAAGAAUCAAAAUUAGAUGAAUAUCAUAGUAUACUUGAACCCUGGUUAAUAAACACUGACAGAAGACAUUCACGAUAUUCAUUCUAUCUUGAUGAGAAAAAAGAAAAAUUUCUUUUAAUUGGAAAUCAUACAAUUCAAGUUUGGCAUGAUCAAGGACCAAAAGAAGGUCCUAAAUCGAGAACUCUUGAAUUCAUUCAUGUGCCCUUAUCUCACUUGCCACUUAAUUAUAGCCAAGAUUUAAAUAAGACGAAUUGGUCUGAAUUCAAAUCUAUAAAAGUAAUAGACAUCAAUUAUUGCAUCGGAAAAUUCAAGCUUAAUAUUCAGAUUGAAGAUGAAACUUCUGAAAAUCAAGUUGAAAAUACUUUUCAAAUCAAAAUGGAAAAUAGAAAUGAUAUUAUAGUUGCAGUAAAAUAUGCUUGUUAUUCACUUAAAUAUUUAUCUGUUUAUAAAAAGUUUGAAUUGUUUUUUGAGGAUCUAAAAUUAGAAUACGAAAAUAUCGUUGAACAAACACGAAAAAUAAUAUUGAGAUUUAUUAGAAUGUAUCCAAAUGAAUGGCGAUUGUUAGAUAUUCGUUGUGAUUUAAUGAGUGUACUUAUUGAAACGAGGGAUUAUGAACUUUUAAACGACAUUCUAUCGUUUAAAGAACCGCUUCAUAUACCACAACAUCUUUCUUGGACAGGUGGAAUAAGUACUAUUCGUACUGCCUUUUCAGAAUCUUUCGCAUAUUAUGCUCAAAAAUUAUUUUAUAAUCCUUGCUUUUGUGACAAGCAAUUAGACUUAACCUCUUUUAAAUUUCUCGAAAUUUCUCCAAAGUCAAAUGAUUUAUUAAAAGUUUAUAUUCCUAUAAUACAGUUGAUUCCACAAGAUUCUGAGUUGCAACUACAAGACAUCGAUUAUGGUAAAAUUGUUGAUAUUCGAAUGGUCCCUUUAACAGAUUUUACAACAAACAAGAAAGUAUCUGACAUUAGAGAAAGAAAAUUUACAGAUUUUUUAAAGCUUUUGGUUUCUCCUGGUCAAUAUUCAUCUCUUGAGGAUGAGGAUUAUAGUCCAUUUAUUAAAUUCAUAAAAAAAGGUGAACGUGAUAUUUUAUAUGAAAACCCAUCAAUGGGAGCUGUCAUGAAUUGGAUAUUUAUUCUUCUCGGUUAUCCCUCUUACAUUGGGUUAAAUGAUUCUUCAACAACAUAUGAUCCAUUUGCUAAUCUUCUUGAUUCUAUACUUUCAGUAUAUGAUUGGUCUUCAAUUUCAUUUGAUAUUUGGUAUUUUUGGCCACUUACUAUAGUUAGUAUAGUUGGCAGUUUUAUUUUUGUGAUGAUAUUACAGAAUAUAAUCAUUUCAUUCAUGAGUGAUGCUUUUUCAGAUGCAGUCACCGAUAGUAAACUUGGUGUAUAUCGUUUUCAAAUUGAUCUGAUUCAUGAAUUUGCUCUUCUCGAAAAAUCAUUAGAAUUUAAUGAUCUAGAUUCCAAGUUUAAAGAUAAAAUAAGAGCAAAGUAUAUUUGUUUUUAUGAUGAUCCGAAUAUUACAAAACCUUGGAAAGAAACAUCGGAAAAAAUGAUAUCAAAACAAUAUCCUAAUAUUCAAACUGUAAAUAAGAGCAAUUUUGAAUCUUGGUCAUACAAUGAUUGUGAAUUCUUUUGGGGAAAAUAA